UACAGUCAGAUACCUUUUCCGGCUUCACAGCUGAAUAAUACAGCGACUUCGAGCAGAAAAGACCUUAAGUUUUACCAUGGCUAACUCGAUGCAUCUUAUUCCCAGCUACAUUUCAAGGUCGACCUUGAAUUCGAGAGGAAUGAAAGUGGGUCUAGUGAAGUCCGUGGAGCAGUUGUUGAGUAGAUGUUCUUUUGUCUUGGCGACUACAGCCCAGAGAACGAUGGCUAGUGGUUAUCGAACUGAAGCAGAUACAUUUGGGGAACUACAAGUUCCAAAUGACAAAUACUAUGGAGCACAAACUGUUCGUUCAACUAUGAAUUUUCCAAUUGGUGGAGAAUCUGAAAAGAUGCCUUUGCCAGUAAUCAAAGCAUUUGGAGUACUAAAGAAAGCAGCAGCAGAAGUCAACCAGGAUUAUGGGCUGGAUCCCAAAAUUGCCGCUUCAAUAAGUCAAGCUUGUGAUGAGGUUAUAAGUGGAUCUUUGUAUGCUGAGCAUUUUCCAUUAGUUAUUUGGCAAACGGGUUCAGGAACACAGUCAAAUAUGAAUGUCAAUGAAGUUAUUAGCAAUCGUGCAAUUGAAAUUUUGGGUGGUGUUUUGGGUAGCAAAAAACCUGUUCAUCCAAAUGAUCAUGUUAACAAAAGCCAGAGUUCCAAUGACACAUAUCCCACUGCCAUGCACAUUGCAGUUGCAGUUGAAGUGACAAGCAGUUUAUUGCCCAGUCUUGAAAAACUUCACGACGCAAUUGAUGCAAAGGCCAAGGAAUUUCAAGAUAUCAUAAAAAUUGGUCGUACACAUACUCAGGAUGCAACACCUUUGACUUUAGGCCAAGAAUUUAGUGGAUAUGCUCAACAAAUCGCAUUCGCGAUCGAGCGUGUCAAAGCUUCACUUCCACAUGUGUAUAUGCUGGCAGCUGGUGGCACCGCUGUUGGAACUGGGUUGAAUACGCGAAUCGGCUUUGCUGAAAAAGUCGCCGCUCGAGUUUCUGAACUUACAGGAUUGCCUUUCGUCACGGCACCAAACAAAUUUGAAGCCCUUGCUUCUCAUGAUGCCCUUGUUCAGAUGUCAGGAUCUUUGAACACGGUAGCCGUUAGCCUCAUGAAAAUUGCCAAUGAUAUUCGAUUUUUGGCUUCUGGACCUCGCUGUGGAUUGGGGGAAUUAUCACUGCCUGAAAACGAACCGGGUUCCUCUAUUAUGCCAGGAAAAGUGAAUCCCACGCAGUGUGAAGCCAUAACCAUGGUUGCAGCACAGGUAAUGGGUAACCACGUGGCGGUAACGAUUGGUGGAAGCAACGGACAUUUCGAACUAAACGUUUUCAAGCCGAUGAUCGUUUCUAAUGUACUCCGAUCCAUUCGGUUGUUGUCCGACAGCUGUAACGCGUUUACAAAGAAUUGCGUUGUCGGAAUUGAAGCCAAUCGUGAUCGCAUUAAUAAGCUAUUACAUGAAUCGCUGAUGCUUGUUACAGCCCUGAAUCCACACAUCGGUUAUGACAAGGCUGCUAAAAUAGCCAAAACAGCGCAUAAAGAAGGCUCCACGCUGAAGGAAACUGCCCUCAAACUUGGUUAUUUGACGGAGGAGCAGUUCAAUGAAUGGGUAAAACCUGAGGAUAUGCUGGGACCCAAAUAAUUGUUGUUGGUAGCGCAAGAGCUUUCAGUUGGGUUGGUUUUUAAUAGCUGUACAAUAUUAUAGAAUAAACAUGGUUAUCUGCUGAA